AUGCAUCGUGAAGUUAAUUUGGAGAAACGUGAAGCGAUUCCAGGCAUUGGAUAUUAUCCACAAGAGCCAAUCUCGACUGGAGUAAGUUUUAAUAUUAUUUUUUUUAUAAGAAAUGUACUCUUAAUUUUUCUAUUUUCUGAAUUUUAGACAACGUUGAUUGCCGUACAGUUUCCUGGAGGUGUUGUAGUUGGUACCGAUGCGAGAACUAGCACUGGGUAAGUGUUUUAGGUUUGUUGUUAUUGUUUUAGGUAUCUAAAGAUAUUUUGAUAAAAUUAUAUGCUUUGAAAAGAUGUCAUAGGUGGAUUGUGGGUUUAUAAUAAAUCUGGUUAGUUGUUUUACGUUGAUGAACCGGUUUUUAUGUUAUUUAUUAUUAUUUUAGAAGCUUCGUGGCUUCUCGUGUAACGGACAAGAUUACUCCAAUCACUGAUCAUCUGGUGGUAUGUCGAUCUGGAAGCGCUGCCGACACUCAAGCUAUUGCUGAUAUUGCCAAGUAUCACAUUGAAUUCUUUUCGUAAGUUUGUCCUUGUCAUAUAUGUGUUUUAUGUUUCGGUAUAAAACUAUUUGAAAGUAGUAGUAGUAAUUUGACAUAUUAUUAAACUUUCUAACAUCUGUGUUAUCCUGAUUUUUUUGAUGCAAAUUCUAUUUAAACUGCAAAUUUCGUAACUGGGCACUUAUAGGACUAUGGAGGAUGAACAAGUUUCAAUCUACAGAUCAUCUCAAAUCUUCCGCAAAUAUCUAUACGACUACCGUGAGCAGCUGUCUGCAAGUAUGAUUGUGGCCGGUUGGGACGCUCACGAAGGGGGUCAAAUUUACACGAUUCCGUUGGGAGGUUUCGUUAGCAGACAACGGUUUACUGCCAGUGGAUCUGGAAGCACUUUCGUUACGGGUUUCUUGGAUAGAGCAUGGAGAAAGGACAUGACUCUGGAGGAAGUUAAGCAGGUACGUUUGCUUUGUUUUAAAUUAUAGUUGUAACAAAUGUAUAAGUUGAGGUAGAAUGAAACAUUGUUUAUAUAUUCAACUCAAUUUUCGAUGAUGUAUUAUUACUUGUAUUACUCUUACAGCUCGUCAUGAACGCAGUAGCAUUGGCCAUGUUCAGAGACGGCUCAUCUGGCGGUGUUAUCCGUCUAGCCAUUAUUGAUGAGAACGGAACUCAACGUGAAUUGUACCGUCCUGAUACCAACACUCAGUUCCCAAUGUUUGAGACUCCGACGCCUUACCAAUUCUUCCCUAAGCACAUUGAACAACACCCUGUGGAAUAA